UGCCCCACAAAAACGGCAACAUGACGUUUUUGAACCUUUUUGGGCGACUAAAAUCUGUGGUUAUUGGAAUGAUUCAUGUUAAAGCUUUACCAGGCACCCCCCUGGGCUGUAUGAAAAUGUCCCGAAUCACAGAAGAAGCCUGCAGGGAGGCAGAAAUCUACCGUGAUGCAGGGAUUGAUGCUGUGGUCAUCGAGAACAUGCAUGACAUCCCUUACUCGUUCUCUGUGGGCCCUGAGGUGACGGCCUGUCUGACCGCAGUGUGCUCGGCUGUGAGGAACAUCUGUCCACAGCUGCCGCUCGGAGUGCAAAUACUGUCCUCUGCAAACCAGCAGGCCCUGGCAGUCGCCCUGGCUUCAGGUCUGGACUUCAUCAGGGCCGAGGGUUUCGUCUUUUCCCACGUGGCUGAUGAAGGAAUCCUGAACGCCUGCGCCGGGGACUUACUGAGGUACCGCAAACAGAUCAGAGCUGAGCAUGUGCAGAUCUUUACCGACAUCAAGAAGAAGCACAGCUCCCAUGCCCUGACCUCAGACGUGAGCAUUGAAGAGACGGCACAUGCAGCAGAGUUUUUCCUCUCAGACGGACUCAUCAUCACAGGAGCAGCUACAGGACAGCAGGUUGACCUGCGGGAGCUCAGAGAGGUUUCCAAGUCUGUGAGGAUCCCAGUGCUGAUUGGUUCUGGGGUAACCUAUGACAACAUUGAAAGCUACAUUGGUGCAAAUGGGAUGAUCAUCGGUUCUCAUUUCAAGGAGGGGGGCCACUGGGCCAACGCCGUCGACCCGGAGCGAGUGAAGAGGUUCAUGGAAAAGAUACGUGAGCUUCGACAAUAACAGAGAAGGUGUUUGUCUUGUGUCUGCUGCCACAUUAAAGACCUUCAGACACCAGCUUAAGAAAACAAGACUUUCAUUUUUUUGUACAUUUUAUAAAUACACUCAUAGAAAAACAUAAUAUUCGACUGUAUUUACACUCGUCUAAAAUGAACAAUUUCUGUGACGUGAAAAUAGUGGGUAAUCAAAACACAAACCCGGGGGUUUUCACCCGACAUAAUUACUGUACAGCUCACCGUGGCAUGGUACGAGCUUUAAAACACUUGUUAGAA